UGCCCCUUUUACUUUGGCAUUUGAUAUACGUGUGAAACGCACUUCAGAAAUCGCACUCUUUCACUUGUAAAUUUCUUAAAUUUCUAUUGCUAUUCCAUUUAGAGGCGUCAUAAUGGAAUUGGCGGUUCAUUUUAACCACAAACUCUAACCAUAAUGGACGGCAAUGAAAAAUAAAGGAAGAAGAUUGAAGAAUUUUUUUAAGCUCUUUUAACAAAUAUAUCUUGAACUCACUGUAUGGCUAUGGUUUUCACUCGCCCUCAGAAUUAACAUUUUUUUUUGUUUAAUAAUCUUUAAGCGGAAAUUUUUCAGUGGAAAGCGAGUCAAGCGAAAAGCCACCAAACGGUCUUUGUCUCCUCUCUGAGUCCAGUCGUCUCCUUCGUGGCUUGGAAAAAGAAACUGCCAAAGCAAUUAAACUGGCCAUCCCUUGUUUGACCCGAACCUCCCCAAAAAAAAUUCAAUCUUUAGUUCACACUCGUUAACCCAUAUCUCACUUCUUUUUUUUUUUUUUUUAAUUCUUUAAUGCUUUUAUUUCGUGUUUUCAAUUAUGCUUUUGAAUAUUCAAACCAUGAUGUAGACUUUGGCUUCUGUUCUCCUUUUCCUUUAUGAACUAUUGUGGGUCGUCUCUCUUAGUUUAUCUGUGGAAAAGAAGGAUGCUUCCUUGUAGUUUCCAACACCCUUUUGCCUGUUUGAUCUUCUUCAGUUAAAACUGAGAAAUCUAAGGUGGGUCUUUGAAUUUUUGUUCCAAAGUUUCAUUUUUUUUUUUAAUUUCCUCUUCUGGGUUUUGUUGAUAUUCUCUUAUAUUGAUCAGAACCUAAGUCAAUUAGUCAACUUCAACCGGUUUGCUUAAGUUUCACUGUGUUUAAAUGUUAGGAGAACUAUGGUUUAUGGAUUUGGCAUUUAAUCUCUGUUAAGCUGUUAUUAUCUAUACAAGUGGGUUUCUGCAAUCCACCAUUUCAGUUUCGAUUUGAGGGGUUUCUUAAUGAUCAUGGUGUUGCAUAGCCGAGUUGGUGCUGUUCUUGUCAGUGCUUUCAUAUGGUUACUGCUUGGCUGUAGUUUGAGCUAUGCUACUCCGGAGGAUAUCGAUUGUUUGAAGAGCAUCCAAAAUUCGCUUGAGGACCCCUUAGGUUACUUAAAUUCUUCAUGGAAUUUCAACAACAAUACUGAAGGAUUUAUUUGUAGAUUUACAGGGGUUGAAUGUUGGCACCCGGAUGAGAAUAAGGUUCUGAAUAUCAGGCUUUCAGAUAUGGAACUCAAGGGUGAGUUUCCUCAAGGAAUCGUAAAAUGUGCAAGUAUGACAGGCUUAGAUCUUUCAAGCAACCAUCUCUAUGGAAGUAUUCCAUCUAAUAUCUCUGCAAUUCUCCCGUUUGUCACUUCCCUUGAUCUCUCAUCUAAUAAUUUCUCUGGAAAUAUCCCAAAAAGCCUCGCAAAUUGUAGCUUCAUAAACAUUUUGAAACUUGAAAAUAACAAAUUGACGGGUGAGAUUCCUCCAGAGCUCGUUUUGCUCAGUCGGAUGAAAACAUUUAGCGUAGCUAAUAAUCUCUUGACAGGCCCAAUUCCAACUUUACCGGUUUUAUCACCAGACAGUUAUGCAAAUAAUCUAGGACUGUGUGGGAAGCCUUUGGAUCCGUGUCAGUCGACUUCAAAGGGCCCUAAAACUGGAGUUAUUGCUGGGGCUGCUAUUGCUGGGGUGACAGUUGCUGCAAUAUGUGUGGGUAUUUUUCUGAUCUUCUAUUUCCGCAAAGUAUCUAUCAUGAGGAAGAAGGAUGAUGAUCCGGAUGGAAACAAAUGGACAAAGAGCUUAAAGGGAGCUAAAGGCACUAAGGUUUCCAUGUUUGAAAAGGCAGUUUCCAAGAUGCGAUUAAGUGAUCUUUUGAAGGCCACUAACAAUUUCAACAAAAAUAAUAUCAUCGGGGCAGGAAGAACAGGGACUAUGUACAAAGGAGUCCUUGAAGAUGGCACCUCACUAAUGAUUAAGAGGUUACUGGAUUCUAAACACUCUGACAAAGAAUUUGCAUCUGAGAUGGCUACUCUUGGAAAUGUGAAACACCGUAACUUAGUUCCCCUUCUAGGUUUCUGUGUGGCAAAGAAGGAGAGGCUUUUAGUCUACAGAUACAUGGCAAAUGGGACUCUCAAUGAUAAUUUGCAUUUUGUAGAAGAUACUAAAAAGGCUAUGGAUUGGUCCUUAAGGCUUAAAAUCGGUAUAGGGGCUGCCAGAGGAUUUGCAUGGCUCCACCACAACUGCAAUCCUCGUAUACUUCAUCGAAAUAUAAGCUCAAAGUGCAUCUUACUAGAUGAAGAUUUUGAACCCAAAAUAUCCGAUUUUGGUCUUGCUAGGCUCAUGAACCCGAUUGACACGCAUCUGAGCACCUUUGUGAAUGGUGAGUUUGGGGAUUUAGGUUAUGUUGCCCCUGAAUAUACAAGAACUCUGGUGGCCACUCCAAAAGGAGAUGUCUACAGCUUUGGAAUUGUCCUUCUUGAGUUGGUGACCGGUGAGAGACCUACCCAUGUAGCUAAAGCUCCUGAAAGCUUCAAGGGAAAUCUGGUAGAAUGGAUUUCACUGUUAUCAAAUGAUGGAAAGCUUCAAGAUGCUAUUGACACGUCCUUGGUAGGGAAGGGUGUUGAUAAUGAACUUUUCCAAUUUCUUAAAGUAGCAUGCAAUUGUGUAUUGCCACCUGCCAAGGAGAGGCCUACCAUGUUUGAAAUAUACCAGCUUUUAAGAGCUAUUGGGGAGCGAUACAAUUUUACCAUUGAGGAUGAAAUUUUGAUGCCUUCAGAUAUUGGUGAUGUUGGUUGUAUGGAGGAACUUAUUGUUGCUCGAGAAGUCGACGAGAAUAAGUGAAGAGAUAUGGGAUAUGCUGGGUAUUGCAUCUUUGCAUAGUGCAUGUGUAGGUAUUUGUUCUUGUGCUUGUUUAAAUAAAGGUUGAGAUUACAUGUACUUCUAAUGCUUUGCUUACUAUUUCAACUUUCUACAUUUAUUACUCAUUGUAAUGGCAUUAGUUAUAGUUUUUAAGUAUCUAUGUUAGGUUGUGUCUUUUAUUUCAUAGUAUAAUCCUUGAUUAGUGCCCUGGAGGAAAAACUUUAGAUUUAUUAGUGUGAUACUUUUAUCUCCUGAGGCUUUCUCCCUGAAUUAUUGUGUAUGUAGAAUGAUUAGAUUCACACCAAGCGAAUGCUAGAUGUAAUGUAAGUAAGAUCAGUUUAUAAUUGUGUGAUUUCUGUUUUCCUUAUUCAUUAAUGUGAUAUUAUAUCUUGCUAGGGGCUUUCUCCUUUUAUUUCUGUAUGCAGAAUGAUAAGAUUCACAUCAAGUGACUGCUGUACAUAACAUAAGCUAGACAACUUACAAUUGUGGGACUCUAUGUCUUUUCCCUGUCUUGAUUUUAAUUGAUGAAUUAUGAGUCACUGCUGUUCCUAUUGCACUUUCUGGAUUAUGAAUCUUAAAUUUGACAUACAACACUAAUAACAGAUUUCUCGCAUGCACCGUUGAGUAUCGCUGUGCACCGGCAUGAAUGCCAGCAUGCAAGUCGCAUGUUCAGGCUAUAGUUAAGAGUUAAAAUUGAAUGCAUGUUUUCUUGCUGAUACUACUGUAUUUACAGCAUAACUUCUGCUUUUCCAUUUUCCUUGACCUUUGUUCAAUAUUUCAUUUUCAUCAUUACGCUUUAAAACUCAAAUUUGGAUGUAUGACAUUUUUAAAAUGUUCCAAGUUUGUUCACUUCGUCAACCACCAUUAAAAUUCAUCGGAAUCUACCACCUCAAUGCCACAUGGAUGUCCAUGUGGAUGUUCUUGUGGCAAAAAAAAGUGACCUAUUUGAAUUUUUGGAGUAGGAUUUAUGCCAAGUGGACUUCCACAUUACUCUGAGGUGGCAUAUUCACUUGAUUUGGAACAAUUUUAAAGGGUCGCAAUCCAAAAUCCAGUUUUAAAGUUCACACAUGAAAAUGAAAUAUUGCACAAAGAUCAUGAAUGAUUUGUGCAUUUUACUUGGUAGUACUUGUUGAGAUCAGCAUCUUUUUUGGGAUUUUAGUAACUUUCACUAUUUUAAUUAUUUUUCCUUCAUUUUGCGGAGAGCUAUAAAGUAUGUGUAGAUGCUGUGUGGCUGUCAUCUUCUAGUUUUCUCAUAUUGAUGCUUGAUACCCCUUAAAGUGUCACACUUUGUAUUUUGAUUUUCUCUUCUAAACAUAGCUGUAGUUAUCACUCACCGUCUGCAUGCUUUGCUGCUGUCUGAGUGCAUACAUAGCUCAAAAGCACAAAAGAAGACGCUAAUACGUUAUACACUACUUGUCAUUCUUUCAUGUUCCAUUAAUUGGUUGUGUGAACUCCUUGGUGGAAGAUGCAGAUAGACAAAAUAAUAUUGAUUGCUGAUGGUUUGUACUGGAAACCUCAUUGAGCAAUACCAUACUACAUUGUUUUUAUUGCCCUCGUCUGUAAACAUAAUCUUUUACUCUGCUGAUAAAAAGGUGAUGGCAAAUUCAAUUGGACAUGGACAGGUUAGGUUUCAUGAAUAUAUUCUUCUGGAUUAAUUCUUUUAUUAAAUAGAGAGAGAAAAGGGUUUAGUUCUUCAAUCAUGAAACUAGAUUUCUGCUGCUUCUCCCAAGAGUUGUUCUUUGCUUCCCGUGAACCACCAACCUCUUUUUCCUUCUUCUUUUGCUAAUUUUAGAAAUCCCAAGUCUGUGCUGCUCUUUAUUUUGUUAUGAAUUUGAUUUGGUUUGUCAAUUACAUCACAGUAGGCCGAAGAGGGCCUGCUUAACAAUCAAUAUGCACCGAAUUGUUAAAAAAGAAAAAGAAAAAGUGUUCUUAACAAAAGUUCUCUACCACAAAACCAGAUUUAUUAAAAUCACAACAAAUGGAUAAUGCUUUGUUUGUUAUCAAUUGAA